UUAAACAUGAAUCAAUAACAGAUACCGUAAUCACUCUUUCACAAUUCAUCAAACUAACAGUAGUAAUAAUAAUAAAUUUACAAUCAACAACAAUAAUAGUAUUUCCAACAAUUUUCUCAAAUACCCUUUUAAGCUUCACCAAAUUUCCCAAUUAUAUCACAUCCUCCAAAUUCUCAUAACAAUUUUUUUGGAGCCCAACCUCAAUAUUAUCCUUAACAAUAAUAAUUGCUCAAUUAACCCAGUCUUUUUGGGAUGAAUACUGUAGAAAAUCAAGAUAUUCGUAUUAAUUUUGAUGAUGAUGAAAAGAUAGAACCUAAAAAAGUAGAUGCAAAAUAGUCUGCAAAUUAGUAUGAUUUAAAGGAAAAACUUUCAUUUGAAGUAAAAGCCUUAUAUAAAAUGGGGAAAUUGCUUAAUAGUAGAACAUAAUACUUACCUGGAAUCGUAAGUAUAAAAGCAUAGGAGGAAACUAUCACAUAAAAUCAAUAAAAUUAGCGAAUCGGGGUCGAUUUAAUAUGUUUAAUUGAUAAAAGUGGAAGUAUGAAUGGGUAAAAGAUAGCUAUGGUAAAACAAACAUUAGCUUUACUGCUUGAUUUUCUAAACGAAAAUGAUCGAUACCAACUUAUAACUUUUGAAAGUUAAGCUUAAAGAUUAACACCUUUAAAAAGGGUAACAGAUGGAAAUAAAUAAUACUUUAAAUAGGUGAUAUAAACAAUCAAUUCUGGGGGUGGAACAACUAUUGGAUCAGCUACAGAAAUAGCAUUUAGAUAAAUAUAAUAAAGAAAAUAUAGAAACAAUGUCACAUCUAUAUUUCUACUAUCAGAUGGUCAAGAUGAUCAGGCAAAUUAAAGGAUUCAGGAGCAAAUAAAGACAGUGUAUGAAGUGUUUACUUUGCAUACAUUUGGUUUUGGAGAGGAUCAUGAUGCUAAAAUGAUGGCUUAAAUUUGUAAUUUAAAGAGUGGAAGUUUUUAUUUUGUAUAAGAUGUAACAUUAUUGGAUGAAUUCUUCGCAGAUGCUUUGGGAGGAUUAAUAUCUGUUGUAGGUGAAUAAUUAGAAAUAACUCUUUAAUCUUUAGUCCCUUAGCCUUAUUAAGAUAUUCAAAUAUCUAAAACUUAUGGAAAUAUGUGGUAAAAGAAAGGAAAUCAAUAUUAUAUCACUCAACCUUAACUUGCUUCUGGAACAAGAAAAGAUUAUGUUUUUGAAUUGGCUCUUCCAAAAUUUGAAGGGAAAAUUGAAGACAAUCAAAGAAAUGUGAAAGUUAUAGAUGCAGUAUUAAAAAUAAAAGAUCCAAUUAAUGGAACAAUUAUUAUGAAAUAAACUAGUCUCACAUUAACAUUCUUUAAUUAAGAUGAAUAAAUUAAUUAUAAUGAAUCAGAUAUUGAUGUUUAUGCAUAAUAUUAUAGAGUUAAAGGAACAGAAGUAAUUGAUGAUGCAAGAAAAGCUUGUGAAUUAAAUAAGAAUGAAGAUGCUUAAAAAUUAAUUGAUAAUAUGUUGAUACAAAUCCAGAAGAAUCAAAAUGUUGCAUCUAAAUGUACUGGAAUUAUUUAAGAUUUAUAAUAAGCAAAAUAAGCAUCUGCAAGAAAUACAUAUAAUUUAUUUGGCCAAAAGUAAAUGUGUCAAAUGGUCAGUAAUAACUAUCAAUAGGGCGGAAUCAAUUCUUUAUUCUCUGCUACAGGAAUGCAAUAAUAAUAACUCCAACCAGCUGCAUACUCUAAUGCUUGUUAAUAAUAAAUGAUGUAUCAAGUGCAAGCAUCUAAACCUAAUUACAAACCCAGUUGA